GGUGGCGGUGACAAAUUAAUAAUCAUCACCAACUUUGCCGCUCUGGUCAUGGGCGAGACUCCGGACUCAAAGCUACCACCAGGAAUGGUCAUAGGGCCGGACGGAAAGCCUUGUAAAGCGUGUACCAGUGGAGCCGCUUUUAAGGCUUGGCGGCCAACAGCAAAAGCAGCAGCAAUUGGAAGCGGGACAGCCCUUGCAAGCACAUCGACUGCAAAAUCUUGUCCUCCCGAUAAAGACCAGCUUGGCCACGCGACAUGGACUUUCCUGCACACAACGGCUGCCUACUAUCCGGCCAACCCGACCCCCAACCAACGCGCACAAAUGCUUGCACUAAUUGGCUCGCUGCCGGCAUUAUAUCCGUGUUCCCAUUGCGCAGAGGACUUUGGGGAAAGCGUGCAGCGGAAUCCUCCGGAUGUCAGUGGCAGGGCCGGGCUGAGUCGGUGGUUCUGUGAACGACACAAUGAGGUCAACGAAAAGUUGGGCAAGGCCACUUUUGAUUGCGCGAAAACGGACGAACGGUGGAAGGACGGGCCGGCGAAUGGUUCUUGCGACUGA